AUGAAGUCUAUUCUUCUUGCUGCCACGGCCGCCACGGCUGUUGCCGGUACCAGUCUUCUUGAGCUGGGCCUCAACGUCGACAUGUUCAACACCAUCGACCUCGGUGCCGACCUCAAGCUUCACCUGCCCCAGGGCCUCCAGCUGCCGGCCGCUGCGGCGGAGAAGCCCUCUGCCAACCCUCCCCCCGGCCACGUCAACGUCUGGCACCCCAGCCACCACGGCGUCGUGAUUGACCAGUGCGACGACGAGGACAGCGAUGGCUGGCACUGGGUUCACCCUUGCGGCGACAGCUGCAAGCCCGAGCAGCCCGAGCAGGUCUGGACCACCAGCACGGUCAGCGUCACCUCGAUGCACACCGUCAUCAGCUGCGCUCCCACCGUCACCAACUGCCCUGCCAACGGCAAGCAGACCACCACCGUCGUCGUCCCCGAGACCGUCACCAUCUGCCCCGUCGAGGCUGCCAAGACCAGGACCGCCAACCAGACGCCGGCCCCGUCCUCGGCCGGCUACCCCUCGGCCGCCUCCUCGCCGGCCAACUCUCCCGUCCCGACCAACACCGCCGUCGUCACCCUGAGCACGCAGACGCUCCCUGCUACCGGCCCUGCCGGCGGCCCCUCGGGCUACCCGGUCCCUGGCAGCUCCGCUCCCGCUCUCACUGCCCCCCCUGCCGUCCCCAGCGGCCCCGCGUCGGCUCCCCUCGCCUCCUCCGUCCCGGCCUACCCCGUGCCCGGCAACAGCUCGGCCCCGGCCUACCCCACCUCCGCCUACUCUCCUCCCGCUCAGUCUUCGCCUGCCGGCUCCCCCUCUGCCCCCGCUGCUCCGGCCUACAGCGCCCCUGCUGCUCCUCCCGCCCCGGCUAGCCCUGCUGGAGGCUGCAGCGGCGCCUACUGCCCUCCUCCCCCUGCCGGCACUGCUCCCAGCGCCGCUCCUCUCCCUACCGGCAACGGCACCGUUCCCCUGCCCAACGGCGCCGUCAGCCGCACCCAGGGCGCCGGCAUGGCUCUCUUCGCGGGUGCCGUUGCCGCCCUGUUCCUGUAA